GCUGCCUGCGCACUGCGCCCCGCGCUGGAGUCGGCCUGAAGAGGCUGCUCGAGACUGUGUCGCCGUCACCCUGUCCGCGCCGUGCAACACUGUACUGUAAGUCAAUCAAUACAGUAUUAAGUCACUUCGACUCAAAUGGAAAAGUAUGAAAAAUUAGCUAAGAUUGGAGAGGGGUCUUAUAGGGUUGUAUUCAAAUGCAGAAACAAAACCUCUGGACAAGUGGUAGCUAUUAAAAAAUUUGUGGACUCCGAAGAUGAUCCUGUGGUUAAGAAAAUAGCUCUAAGAGAAAUACGCAUGUUGAAGCAAUUAAAACACCCAAAUCUUGUGAACUUCAUUGAGGUGUUCAGGAGAAAAAGGAAAAUGUAUUUAGUUUUUGAAUACUGUGAUCAUACACUUUUAAAUGAGCUGGAAAGAAACCCAAACGGACUUGCUGAUGGAGUGAUCAAAAGUGUGUUAUGGCAAACACUUCAAGCUCUUAACUUCUGUCAUAGACAUAACUGUAUUCACAGAGAUGUAAAACCUGAAAAUAUUCUAAUAACUAAGCAAGGAAUAAUCAAGAUCUGUGACUUUGGGUUUGCACGAAUUCUGAUUCCAGGAGAUGCCUACACUGAUUAUGUCGCUACAAGACGGUACCGAGCUCCUGAACUUCUUGUGGGAGAUACCCACUAUGGUUCUUCAGUCGACGUAUGGGCUACCGGUUGCGUUUUUGCAGAGCUCCUGACAGGCCAGCCACUCUGGCCUGGAAAAUCAGAUGUGGACCAACUGUAUCUGAUAAUCAGAACACUGGGAAAACUAAUCCCAAGACAUCAAUCUAUCUUUAAAAGUAACCAAUUUUUCCAUGGCAUCAGUAUUCCUGAACCAGAAGAUAUGGAAACUCUUGAAGAAAAGUUCUCAGAUGUUCAUCCUGUGGCUUUGAAUUUCAUGAAGGAGUGUCUGAGGAUGAAUCCAGAUGACAGGUUAACCUGUGCCCAACUCCUGGAGAGCCCCUACUUUGAUCCUUUUCAAGAGGACCAAAUUAAAAGAAAAGCAUGUAAUGAAGGAAGAAACAGAAGAUGUCAGCAGAAUCAACUGUUGCCUCUCAUACCAGGAAGGCACAUCUCCCCCACACCUGAUGGAAGAAAACAAGUUUUCCAGUUAAAAUUCGAUCAUCUUCCAAACAUUUAGUUCUUUCAAGUGGAAAGUAAUUUAAUAGGUACACGUUUUUGUACCAGAGGAAUAGGGAUCCUCAGUGUUUCAAAUGCAAAUGAGCCAUAUGAAAAUUAAGAUGCUUUCUAGAAUUGUUUUGCUCUGAUCAUUACUGAUUCCUCUGCCCAUGCUUUUUACAUGCCAACUUUAUCUUUUAGAACAUUUUCUUUAAAUGUUACAAAGUCUGAACCUGCACAUAUGGAGGAGACAUUUUCAAUUUCAUCAGAGCAGCCCCUCUUGAAGCAAUGUGUAUCGAGAAUUUGUGAGCUUAUACUUUGAUUUCUGAAAACGAUUUACAUUUAUCAUCUUGCUUCAGCUGACCACAUACUGUCUUAGAGCAGUAUCAAAUAGCUUGCCUAGCUGUUGUUUGUGUACGGAAUGGCAUUACGUUUCUGCAUUUUAAUUCACUCUUAUUGUAUCCAGGUCUGUUGAGUAACGCUGGUGUUUUAUUUUGUGUUUUUUUAUUGGUGUAGGAAGGGAACCUUGAAAUGUCAUCUAGGUUUAUCCCUUAAUUCCAGGGCAGACUCUACUUUCUCUGUCUCAUAAGACAUUGACAAUUCUAUUUUUAAAGCUAGCUAGAGAACAUGUCAUACAUUUACAUAGAAAAUAGUGGAUGAACUGCAAGGAAUUACCAUCCUCGUGACAUCAUGCCCUAGGAUAAUUGACUGCUGACUCUAUUGCUCUCCUUUGGUACAUCACGGUUCCUUAUCCUUUUCUCCUCCUGUCUAGAUCAUCUCAGUACCUAAACCUGUCCUCCUGGGUGUAUUUUCUACAUUGUCAACACUCUCUUCCAAACAUUUGCAUCCAUAGCCUCUAUAAACUUGUGCAGCCCUACACUCAGGCAUCAUGGUCAGGUCAAGUUUGUAAACACUUUUGAGAGCAGGAAGAUUAUCAUUCAGUUAUCUUCAUUUUGUGUCUCUUAUCCAAAAAAGACACAGACAAACAGAACACCUCAAUAAGUGAGCUGAAUUUAUGUUGGGAUAUUUUCCCAAGUAAACUUGACACACACACACACAUACAUACAUAUAUGUAAAUAUAUGUUUAUAAUUAUAAAUUUUGAAGCAUCAUAGUAGAUGCCUUUUAUCCUGGACAUCUAAAAAUGAUACAGACUGUUUGAAAGUACUUUUAGUUUGCUAGCAAGGAACUCAUGUAAAAUAAUAGCAUGAGGCUGUCUGUCAUCACUGUCUGGCAUAAAGGCACAAAAUAGUGAUGUCUCUAUCAAUAAAUAUUAAGAUUAUUUCAUUAAAUUUUUUCUGCUCCUGGGUCUGGCAUGCUUACCUGAACAUUGUCAGAUUUUGCAAAUACACAUAAUUCCAGAAAUUCCUUGUAUUUGGCACCAAGGCACCAAGCAUAAAUUGUUAGUAAGAAAACACAGUUCCACCUUACGUUCAUCUCUAAAAGUCUGUUGCACAUAUAAAUAUGGCUCUGUAAACUUCCAGAGAAUCUCAUUCAGUUACUUGGGUGCAUCUCUUUAUUAAGGAAUUAUGGCCUCUAAACAGUAGUUUCUUGCUCACUGGAAGGAUAUUUUAAGUGGGCUUAUUUAGCCAUUUAACGUACUCAGUGUGAAUGUAAGCUGCUAGGAUCUUCUUUAUUUUCAUCUUUUUAUCAGAAUGUGCCUCUUCAGAUUUUUAUGUUUCUUGCAUUUUUAAUAAGAUGAUACCAAAGGUGCAAGGACAAUAAGAAAUAAAAAAUAAAAGGCAACAUUGAUUAGAGAUUUCUUUUUAGCAUUCAUAGUGCUUUUACCAUUGAAGCCUUCUUAUUGGCAAACCACGCAUUCUGCUCCAGCUCUCCUAAAUGUAUAUACACAUAGACACUAUAUAUAUAGGG